GUCAUAUUUGGAGACCGCUGUCAAAUGGACAGUCAGUCAUUGAGUUUAGUCAGUUACAUGUCUCGUCUUUUUUGCUUGUUUUAAAGUUUCGUACUCUGUUGUGUAUCAUUGCUCUGUGGUGGUUAAAUAGUUUCUUCAAGUUUUAAGAAUAUGUAUACACGACCCAUUAAAAAACUCACUCCUUCGUCUAGUGGUUAAUGAAAAUAAUUGAGUUAGUGAUGUGUGAAUCUGUGAACGGAUGACUUCCUAAGUUCCUACCAUAUGUUUGAUUUCAUAUGGCAAAUUCUCUCUGAAUCAUUUUUAUCAAUUACAUCUAAACACAGUGUGGCGACACAACAGUUUUAAAUGAAAGGUAAAAGUGGGGUCAUCACCGUUCAAAUGAAUAAAAAUGUCAACAGAAGGCAGUGGAGAGACACCUUCUACUGUGCCAUGCUUACCCGGAGCGCCGGAGCAGACUUACCUGUUUCCGAAAGCGAAAGGUCAUUCGAGGUCUGUAAGCCAUGGCGGUACUCCUAUGCUGGCGGGGAAUCCCACAGCGCCACGGCCAUCGCUCAAGUCAGCGAUGCGCGGCCACCAGCGCGCCUUGUCGCACGGGCAGAUCGGCGAGGGCGGGCGGCCCAGCACGGGCCCCGGGCACAGCCGCGCCGGCAGUCGCACGGACUUCAUCCUGCCGCCGGGGCACCGCGACCCGCCCGUGCCCAGCGCCGCGCCGCGCCUCGGCUCCGUGCGCAUCCACUCGCGCCAGGCCUCGCGCUCCGACUCCAUCUACACCAUCCGACGCACCUCCGUCGUCAGCCCCUGGCGGAGAGCCGCCUUCUGGCUGCUGAGGCGGCAGCAGCCCGCUGUUGAUAAUAGACACCUCGUUGUCACUCCCAACCACCUGGUGCCUGAUAAAACACCACCCAAAGAACACCCUAACGGGAAGAGAUGCGACAAUAAAAUUAGGACUACAAAAUAUACUUUACUGUCAUUUCUACCUAAGAACUUAUUUGAACAAUUCCACAGGAUUGCCAAUGUGUACUUUAUAUUCAUAGUGUUGUUGAACUGGGUGCCGGCAAUCAGCGCAUUCGGUAAAGAGGUUGCAAUGCUGCCCGUGUUGUUUGUGCUUGGUGUGACAGCCAUUAAAGACUUAUUUGAAGAUCGCAGACGACACAAUUCAGAUAAAAGAAUAAACAACUCAUUCUGCAGAGUCUUCAAAAAAUCAGCGGAGCGGUACGUGCGGGUGAAAUGGCGAGACGUGCGGGUGGGGGACCUGGUCCACCUGUCGAACAACGAGCCCGUGCCCGCAGACAUGGUGCUGCUGCACUCCUCCAACUCCCUCGGCAUCUGCUACCUGGACACCUGCAACCUGGAUGGAGAGACCAACCUCAAGCAGAGGAUAGUGGCUCCCGGCUUCAAGGAGAAGCAAGCGGAGUUCAGUCCAAUAAAGUUCCGAAGUUCUGUGGAAGUAGAGCGACCAUCUACAAAAAUAUACAGAUUUACAGGCUGUAUCUCGCACCCCAACGGAGCCCGAGUGCCGCUCGUAUCUGAGAACCUACUGCUGAGGGACUGCACGAUAAAGAACACAGACUAUGUAGAGGGCAUCGUCGUGUACGCGGGACACGAGACCAAGGCGAUGCUCAACAACGGAGGACCAAGAUAUAAGUGUUCAGGCUUAGAGAAAAAAAUGAACACCGAUGUGAUAUGGUGUGUCUUAGUGUUACUCUUCCUUUGUUGUGCCGGUGCAGUCAGCAGCAAAAUGUGGUUAGACCACUAUUAUGUUUCGCUAUACCAGGCAGUACCUUUUAUAGUAAACGUGAACAAACCCGCCUUCGAGGGGCUCCUCAUAUUCUGGACUUACAUCAUAGCGCUGCAAGUGAUGAUACCCGUGUCGUUGUACGUGACAAUCGAAAUGACUAAACUGCUCCAAGUAUAUCAUAUACACAAUGACGUUCAGAUGUACGAUCCCGAAACGAAUACGCGGACGGAAUGCCGUGCGUUGAAUAUUACCGAAGAGCUAGGACAGGUGGCGUACUUGUUCAGCGACAAGACAGGGACUCUCACCGAGAACAAGAUGGUGUUCAGACGAUGUGCUAUCAGUGGCGUAGACUACGACCAUCCGCCGGGUCCUCCCGCGGAACCAGCUCCAGAAUUGCCGCCCAUCGUCACUCCGAUCACGAAUGUGUCUCCGAACAGACGAUUACUACAACAUUUAACUGACAACAAUGAUGCACAACAUACACAAAAGGUUCGCGAAUUCCUGAUAAUCCUGGCUGUAUGUAACACAGUGGUGGUUAGCCAGCCGCACGUGGACUCCAUGCAACUGAGCGCGUCCAACUCCGGCGAACAGAUCUCAACGGGAAAGGCGUCACGAUCAAACGGCACACUAAGAUCUAACGACAAGUACGCUCGCUUGACCGAGUCCCGGUCGACAACGCCAUCGCCGCCGCCGUCCACAGGGUCACCUCUCAAGAUCCGACUGCCGAAGCUCCUCAUGAGCAGCAAGGAAGACACGAGCAUACCCAGCACGUCGGUCACUGAUCAUAGUUUAAUCCGCUACGAAGCCGAAAGUCCAGACGAGUUAGCGUUAGCAGAAGCAGCCCUAGCUUACGGCUACGAGCUAAGGAACCGUCACCCUGAUGAAGUUGAACUGGGCAUCCGAGGAGAGCUCAGCAAGAUGAAGGUGUUACGAGUGCAGCAGUUCGACGCCAAUAGGAAGUGCAUGUCGGUUGCUAUGAGGACGGCUUCAGGACAGGUAAUACUAUACGUGAAAGGCGCCGACACGACAGUCCUAGGAGCGUUAGCACCCAUGCGAGCUGGCUCCGCCGAGUUGGCCGCCUACGAUAGAACCCGCUCCCUUCUGUCCGAGUACUCGCGCGCGGGUCUACGGACACUGGUCAUGGCCAAACGGACCAUGCAGCCGGCGCUGUGGGAAGAGUGGUUAGCUGGACAUAAUAGGGCUAUGGAGUUUGGUGAAGGUCGAGAAAAACGCAUGCGCGAAUCACUAGCGCGGUUAGAAAGUGCCCUAACUCUAGUCGGAGCAACAGGCGUAGAAGACCGUCUACAAGCACAUGUACCAAGGACUGUACGGGCGUUACUAGACGCUGGUAUUGUAGUUUGGGUGCUGACGGGCGACAAGCCGGAGACAGCUAUCAACAUUGCGUACUCGGCUGCGCUGUUCUCGCAGUCUGACCGAUUGCUACAUCUCAUUAGCCGGGACAAGGAACAUGCAGAAUCCACAAUAAAGAACUACCUUGAGAAUAGCGUGACGGGGUCCGGCGGGGGCCGGGCGCUGGUGGUGGACGGACGCACGCUGACGUACAUCCUGGACCGGCGCUCGGGGCUGGUGGCGCCCUUCCUGUCGCUGGCGCGGCGCUGCUCCGCCGUGCUGUGCUGCCGCGCCACGCCGCUGCAGAAGGCAUAUAUCGUCAAGGCGGUGAAGGAAGAGCUGGGAGUGACGACGUUAGCGAUCGGCGACGGCGCCAACGACGUCUCCAUGAUACAGACCGCUGACGUUGGCGUCGGUAUAUCAGGGCAAGAAGGCAUGCAAGCAGUGAUGGCAUCAGACUUCGCAGUCUCUCGGUUCAUGUACAUAGAACGGCUACUGCUCGUGCACGGACACUGGUGUUACGAUCGACUAGCCAGAAUGAUACUCUACUUCUUCCUUAAAAAUGCCACGUUCGUGUUCCUAGUGUUCUGGUUCCAGCUGUACUGCGGCUUCUCGUCCAUGGUGAUGAUAGAUCAGGUGCACCUCAUGACGUACAACCUCAUGUUCACUGCGCUACCGCCUAUUGUCAUUGGUGCAUAUGACCGCGUAGCCCCAGCAGCUUUGCUCACGGACCGGCCCGGCCUGUACUCAGCCUGCCGCCGCGGGCUGGCCUACCGGGCACACAGCUUCUGGGCCGUGCUGGCCGAGAGCCUGUACAUCAGCGUAGUGCUCUUCUACACCAACACCUUCGCCUACUGGGACACGGCCGUGGACCUGUGGGCCUUUGGUGUUACCUGUAUGACGUGCUGUCUCGUUGUUAUGCUGUUGUAUGUCGCUAUUGAGACGAGGAGCUGGACGGUGAUCCACGUGAUAGCUCUGGCGGGGUCCCUCAUCUCGUUCUUCAUACUAACGCUGGCGUAUCAGUCCAUCGGCGCUUCGGUCCUCAACCUGCCGUCCACGUACCACGUGCUGCACAACACCAUCCAGGAGCCGGUCUACUGGCUCGUGCUUGUUGUUACUACUGUAGCAGCGCUGGCACCGAGGAUGGUGUACUACGGCAUCCGCAACUCCGUGCAUCCCGGCACGCUGGGGCGGGCGGUGGUGGCGCGGCGCCGCGCGCGCGCCUACGCCGCGCACUACCGCGCCGCGCCGCCGCAUGCCACGCUCUACAGAGCUCGCGACGAGGACGGGCUGGCCAAGCCGCAGACAGACGUGGCGGCCAUCACGUGACCUCCCUCCCGCCCCCCACCCUCUGGCUGUGAUCUCGAGUGUAAUACACACCUCCUGUAGUUAUAUCGUGCUGUACCGCGGGACCAACACACACAUAGCAUUUAUCGAUAGCUCACAUACGCUACACAAGCGAUUUUAUACCAAGUUCACUGACUACAUAAAGGUCAAUUUCCUAAAACAACUGUUUAAAUUUUCACUUUCAAGGAAAAAGUUGAUUGAAGGAAAUAUGUUGUCGGUAAAUAUAGGUAAAAUGUUUCCCGUGAGCUAACAAUAAUUUAUAAUGUACAACACAACUAGAAUCUGAUUUAAAAUACACUAUUUUAAUUUCUUUGUAAAUAUUUCAUCGCGAGUGUUCAAAACUUUAAUAUAACAUACCAUAUCAUCGAAAUUACUUCCGAUGUUGUUAGUUACCAUAUAUGUAUGAUACGUUUAUUAUUUAUGUAGUGUAUAGUACAUAGUACUUACUGCCGCAUCGCGCGGUAUCUCAUAGAUCUGCCAAUGUUAUUCAUUAUUUACUGUUUGACGCUGACGAUAUUAUAAAAGUCUACAAUAUUAUAAUUUGUCACUUAUCAAAAUUUCGCUCAGCUAAUUUGUGGAGCUGUUCUAAGCAUAAUAAUGUAUGUAUUGCCAUUACGCUACUCCCCUGUAGGCAUGUCGUAGACCAAGAAUUUUUUAAAUGCUAAAUUACACCAAAUCAUUUUUUUAACAAAAUAUAUCAACGCAAAGCGAUUCAUAUCACAUUACAUAGAUACUCUUUGUUAUAAUACCGUCAGCGCCAUCUAGCGUGUAGUUUGUUAAUUUUACUAAGUAUUUUGCAUGCCAAUGUACUUCGACCAUGGAUUUAGAACCGAUUCUACACGUUUGGUGCAAAUUUACACUACUUUCAUACAAAAACUGUUCACACUGCCUUUGAGAAACGUGUUCUAGCGUAUUUAAAUCCAUGCCAUGUUAAUGUCGCUAAUUCGUGAAUGUUAAAAGCAAACUAUACUUAAAUGUGUACCUUGUGUUAACCGCUUCUAGUUGAACGAGUCGUUCGCUGCUUGAAGCCUGUGUUCAGUCAGAGUAAUUAGGACUAACAAAAAUAUGUGGAUGUAUUCAGACUAAAAUAAGUGCUAAAUAUUAUCUGCGCUUUACUAUCGGUAAUGUCCCUGAAAUAAGAGAACACUGUAUGUGUUGUCUCACUCUUAUCCAUAUGUGCAACAAAAAUGAAGUCGGACAAUUCUAGACCAUGAUUACAAAAUGUUCAACGGACUUAUCUGUGUGAGUGCCAACCAAAGAUUCAUUCCCACCUUAUGCAGUUGUGGGCGCCUUCAGAUAUUCACAAAAUAAAAACAUCCUCAAUUAACAACUCCUUUAUCGUCUGUUCAGAUUAAUAUCAGUAUUUCUUGCCAAUCUAAUACGAUUCCAUUAUAGAAGCUAUAAUUAUAAAAUAAUAGAUACAAAUUCCCUUUAUUGAAUUUUCGCCCGCCAUUUUCCAAAGCACACACACAAACUCCGCAUCUGACGUCACGUUCUACGCAGAAACUAUUGAAUAGUUGCAGGUAACACAUUGACUAACAUAGAGGUAACAUUAGGUGGUCCCAAGUCUUAGUUAGUCUGUGUCGAACUAAACGUUAUUGUUCGUAUGUCUGUCUACUAGCACCGUGUUAUGUGGCUAGUACGACGCCAUUGUGAUUGUUGAUGAAAUCUUGUAUUUUAGUAGGUGAUUAUGAUUACUAGUGUGUGAUAACGGUUGACUUCCUUCUCAGAAUAUUUAUAUUUAUUUAUAGAGAAACGCUGCCUUGCCUGAGACUGCACCCGGUAUUGGGGCACACUUGUAUCCGCGCCGGGAACAUUCUCCCUAAACAAACGUUCACGUUCAAUGUCAGCUAUGACGCGCAUAGCUAAAUGCAAAAAUAUAAGCUUUAAGUAAAAAUAGGCUUUUAGUAAAAUGCCUAGAAUACAUUUUAAGUGGAAUCCAACAUGAACUGAGACCAUGAUUUGUGAGGCAUUUAAUACUUUGCUGAAACGAUUGAACUUAUGAAUCAGAAACGAAUGCUUCGGUCUAUAAAAUAGAUUUCUCGCUAUAUUUUUUGAUAGAUUUAAGUGAGCAUUUAAAUAAUAUCAAUUAGAUUUUGAGAUUUCUCUCAGUAUUAGCAGAUCACUCAGUAUUAAGCCUAUAGAAAGCCAAUUACAUAAAAUGUAGUUUGCCGCCGUAUCGUGCUUUUAUUUAACGCCAGAAUAUUGCAACAAAAGUACGCUAAAGUAGCCCUUAUUACAAAGAGCAUAGUGACUACUUCUUAGAAACAUUAAUUUGCAUAAUCCUGGCAACAACUAGGUAAAUUGCAUUAAUUUUUGAAUGAGUGGAUUGCGAAUCGUCAAUUGUAAGAAGUUGGCAACAAGUGCCUUGUACCUUGCAGCGAGAGUGUUCCCGGCGCGGCCGUCUUCGUGAGUAGAGGAUUCCUAAAGAUUUAACUAUUUUUACUAUCGUUUCUAGUUUUGUACAUACAAACAAAAUAUAUUUCUAUAUGAAUGAGAUGAUUGUUACGUGUACAGUAGGAUAUUUUUAUAUGAAACAAAUCUUUGUGUAAAUAACUUGUAUGUUCUAAGACUGUUGUUUAUUUUAGAGCGUUUAGUUUGUUCAGUUAAAUUAAACUAUGUAAUAGGGUAUUGUGAUGAACACAUGUAUUUUCCAGUCAUUUUGUUAACUUGCUGACCAAUUUUGAAUAGUUCCGUUGUUUCAUUCUUGCCGUGUUUGUAACAAGGUUUAGUACAAUUCUUUCUUCUAUAGUUAUAUUUAGUACUUUUGACAGUUUUAAGGUGAUGCGAAUGUGUGUUUUAUUGCCAGUAUGAAAUUAUCAGUACUUAUUGUGUUGUUUAUUCGCACUAUUUUUAUGAAUAAGAGUUAAAAAAUUGACUAGUCUUAUCAACGAAAUAUAGAUUUUGUUAAAAUUCUUUUUAGUAUUAUUAAAAAAAAAAAAACUUCCAUCAAUAAAGGUAAUUGGGGGGGAUUUUAUCGAUAUACAGUACUACGAAACGAAAUUAUGUGCCUUCGUAGUUAUCUGUCAACUGAAUUAGUACUUUUUAGGGAACAAUAUCGUCUAUUUUAAUUUCACUGAAGAAAUUAAUUAAUCUUGUGAACUUGACUGUACCCUCAUAUCGAAUUGUUUCGUAGUACUGUAUGCAUUUAUUCUGUUAUUAUGCUUCUUCCAUUAUGAUAUUAUAAAUCAUGUUUAUUCUUGCUAAACACUAAUAUUGUGCAUUUAUGUUUUGUGAUAUUGUCAAAACAAAAAAUAUUAAAGUCGCUAUCAAAAAGUAAGCACGGCAAUGACUAGAAAAUACAUCAUAUAGAUGUGUUGUUUUAUAAUAAUAACAAAUUAUUUAAUUUCAUUACAAA